GUGAAUGCAAAGUCCAAGAAGCCAAAAAGAAAACAUCAUGGAUUCGGGAGACGACGAGACAGGUUCAGCCUCCUCAUCGUCAGGCAAAUUCCUGCUCGGCUUUAUCGAGGCCAACAUCGUCGGCGUGCAGCACCAUCAUGGCACCAUCCGCGGCCGCGCCGUCGUCGUCCUCGACCGUGAGCCCGACAACAUUCACGACGCCAACGCCAUCAAAGUCAGCAACAUCCACGGCGACCCCGUCGGCUACAUUGAACGCGCCGUCGCAGCCGUCCUCACCCCUCUCAUCGACGACGAACUUAUCACCGUCGCAGCCAUCGUACCCGACGCCCGCAAAACCUACCGAAUCCUCUGCCAAAUCCACAUCUUCGCUCGCCUCCAAGACUUUGACGUCGUCAAAUGUGCCGUUUCCCGUGGCCCCUGCAGAUUCAUCACCGAAUCCGAGGCCGCCUUCACCCUCUCUGACUCCGCCGCCGUUAAGGCUACCAAGGCGCAGAAAAGGUUCAUGACCGUCGACGCCAUUUUCAACCUCGUGAACAGCAACCUUGCCGAUAAGAACCGCGCCAUCGAUAUCUUGGAGCCUCCCAAGAGCAUCAUCAGAGCCGAGCUUCUCCCUCACCAGAAGGAGGGUCUCGCGUGGCUCGUUCGUAGAGAAAACACCGAUGACUUGCCACCCUUCUGGGAAGAAAACCAUAGCAAGUUCGUAAAUAUUUUAACCGAUUAUCAGACCGAUAAAAGGCCUGACCCUUUGAGAGGUGGUAUCGUCGCCGAUGAGAUGGGGUUGGGAAAAACCUUAAUUAUGCUUUCUCUGAUUGCUUUUGAUAAAAGCCAAAUGGGUGUCUCUAGGAAUGGGAGAACUGACAGGAAGUGGGUUUCUGUAGGGAAGCGACGCAGGAAUGAAGUUGAGGGCUCCCAUGGAACCGGAGUGAGAACAAAUGGAACGUUAGUGGUGUGUCCUCCUUCUGUUAUGUCGGCAUGGAUAACGCAAUUGGAGGAUCACACUGUGCAUGGUGGACUGAAGACUUACAUGUAUUACGGAGAAAAAAGGACAAAGGACAUUGAAGAACUCAAGAAGUAUGAUUUGGUGUUGACUACUUACACGACUUUGUCGAAUGAACCGGACGAGAUGCCCGCGAAACAGAUGGAGUGGCGGAGAAUUAUAUUGGACGAAGCACACACAAUCAAGAAUUUCACUGCCAACCAAAGUAAGACGGUUUUCGGAUUGCAAGGUCAGUACAGAUGGGCAGUCACAGGAACACCAAUUCAAAGUGGUUGCAUUGAUUUGUACUCUUUCAUGGUCUUUUUGCGCUUUCAGCCGUUUUCGGAGCGAAGGUAUUGGAAUUUGUUGGUGCAACGCCCUCUUGCUCAGUGCUUAGAAACCGGGCUCACACGGUUGCAGGUGUUGAUGGAAGCAAUUGCUUUGCGAAGAACAAAAGAUAUGGCAUUGGUGUGUCUGCCACCUAAAACCGUUGAGAUUUGUUAUGUUGAACUUUCUGUGGAAGAACGCCAGUUGUAUGAUCGGGAGAAAGAGAAAACAAAGGCAUUGUUGAGAAGAAGUUAUAUACGUGUGAACAGUCCACUUUCCGAGUACAGCGAGGUGCUAAAUAGUAUUCUAAUACUUCGCCAAAUCUGUGCUGACUCGAAAUUGUGUAAAUUUCAGUCACAUAGCAGCAUUACAGAUAGUGAAGGCGAAGCAAUUGUUUCUUAUAAUCCUGAAUUGCUGCAAACAUUACUUGGCCAGCUGGAAGAAGGUGAAGAUUUUGAAUGUCCAAUCUGUUUAUCUCCUCCAACAGACAUUGUCAUCACACGCUGUGCUCACAUUUUCUGCCGUCAGUGUAUCCUGAGAUCUCUAGAAAAGAAGAACUCUGGUGAUUGUCCUCUUUGCCGGCGAAAACUCUCAUCAGAAUCUGAUAUAUUCUCACCUCCUCCCAAGCCAGAGACAGACAGUGCUGAACUGAGUUCAGCAUCAGACAAACCACUAUCGUCCAAGGUUUCGACUCUCAUAAGAUUUCUUAAUGAAUCAAGGGACAAAAAUCCAACGGUAAAGUCAGUUGUAUUUUCACAAUUUCGAAAGUUGUUGCUUUUACUUGAAGAGCCUCUGAAUGCGGCGGGUUUCAAGACUAUGCGUCUUGACGGGACAAUGAAUGCUAAACACAGAACCAAUGUUAUUGAACAGUUUCAAGCUCGAAGAAGUGAUGGUUAUCCAACUGUUCUGCUUGCAAGCUUAAGAGCUUCAAGUGCAGGUAUAAAUCUGACAGCUGCAUCUAGACUCUACUUUAUGGAACCAUGGUGGAACCAUGCAGUUGAGGAACAAGCAAUGGACCGUGUCCACCGCAUUGGACAGGACCAGCCGGUGAAGAUCGUUCGAUUCAUUGCUCAAAACAGCAUUGAGGAGAAAAUGUUGGUGUUGCAGGAAAGGAGGAAACAACUGUCCACGGAAGAACCAUCUGAGAGGGUAAGAAAGGGCAUCGGCAUUCUAGAUAUGAAAUUCCUUCUAGAUUCCUAGAUAUGGUUAUGGAUCACUGAAUGUGAAUUUUUUGUCUGUUUGAUUACCUCAAACUUUUGCUUUGCCCCACAAUUUUGUUUGACCUGAACAACAAAAGAGGGUGUCUACUUUUUUGCGUACAGAAUUAAGUGAAGUGUAAAGCCGUUGGAUCAAACCAAUCUUAACUUUUUUGAAUGAUUUAAAACAGCUAAAG